GAAGGCAACCGUGCGACUCACCGGCAACUUUUCUCCGUGGAGCGGAGGAGUCUGAGAAGUGCCGUCCGGCCCGGGGCUCCGCCUGGGGCUGCCUGGCGUUUGUCUCCGACGCAGCAUUGGUGUUCUCGGUCCUGGAAUCGCGGAGGACUCUGGGCACCGCAGUUCCGGCGAGGCAAGCGGCCUUUGUUCGCUACAGCUACACGGUGCGUCAGGCACUGCCCUUCUAUAAGAAGAGAACCUGGAAAGAGGACUGUGUCGACUACUGGAAAUUGCAGAGUCAUGUUUCAGGUGACAUUUAGUGAUGUGGCCAUAGACUUCUCUCACGAAGAGUGGAAAUGGCUCAGUUCUACUCAGAGGAAUUUAUACAAAGAUGUGAUGGUCCAGAAUUAUGAGAACCUGGUAUCCCUAGCAGGUCUUUCCAUACCUAAGCCAUAUGUGAUUGCUUUAUUGGAGGAUGGCAAAGAACCUUGGAUGGUGGAGGAAAAGCUGUCAAAAGAUAUGUUUCCAGAUUGUAAAUCAAGAUGGGAAAACAAAGAAUUAUCAAUGAAGGAGGAUAUUUAUGAUGAAGAUUUACCCCAAAUGGUAAUAAAGGAAAAAACUAUACAACAGAAUCUUGAAUUUUCAAAUUUUAACAAGGACUUGUAUUAUAUCAAGAAGUUGGAGGGGAAGUAUGAAAAUCAAGUAGAGCAUUUCAGACCAGUUACCCUCACCUUAAGAGAAAGUCCUACUGGGGAAAGUGUUUACAAAUUUAAUGCGUGUAAAAGCAUCUUCCAUUUAAAGUCUGUUUUUUCUGAACCACAGAGAAUUUCUGCUGAAGGGAAGUCACAUAAACGUGAUAUACUUAAGAAGAGCUUACCACCAAAUUCAGUUAUAAAAAAUGAGAAUAUCAAUGAUGGAAAGAAACUUUUGAAUUCUAAUGAAAGUGUAGCAGCCUUCAGCCAAAGCAAAUCUCUUACCCUUCACCAGACUUUGAAUAGAGAGAAAAUCUAUACAUGCAGUGAAUGUGGGAAAGCCUUUGGCAAACAAUCAAUCCUUAAUCGGCAUUGGAGAAUUCAUACAGGAGAGAAACCCUAUGAAUGUCAUGAAUGUGGGAAGACUUUUAGCCAUGGCUCAUCCCUUACUCGACAUCAAAUAAGCCACAGUGGAGAGAAACCUUACAAAUGUAUUGAAUGUGGGAAAGCCUUUAGCCAUGUCUCAUCACUUACCAAUCAUCAAAGCACUCACACUGGAGAGAAACCAUAUGAAUGUAUGAACUGUGGAAAGGCGUUUAGUCGUGUUUCACAUCUCAUUGAACAUCUGAGAAUUCAUACUCAAGAAAAACUAUAUGAAUGUCGAAUAUGUGGGAAGGCAUUCAUUCACAGGUCAUCUCUCAUUCACCAUCAGAAAAUUCAUACUGGAGAGAAACCUUAUGAAUGUAGAGAAUGUGGAAAAGCCUUUUGCUGUAGCUCACACCUUACUCGACAUCAAAGAAUUCAUGCUAUUGAGAAACAAUUUGAAUGUAACAAAUGUCUGAAAGUCUUUAGCAGCCUCUCAUUUCUUAUUCAGCAUCAGAGUAUUCAUACUGAAGAAAAGCCCUUUGAAUGUCAAAAAUGUGGGAAAUCCUUCAACCAACCCGAAUCACUGAAUAUGCAUUUGAGAAACCACACUAGAUUGAAACCUUAUGAAUGCAGUAUAUGUGGGAAAGCCUUCAGUCACAGGUCAUCUCUGUUUCAACAUCACAGAAUUCAUACUGGAGAGAAACCCUAUGAAUGCAUUAAAUGUGGAAAGACCUUUAGCUGUAGUUCAAACCUUACUGUACAUCAGAGAAUUCAUACUGGAGAAAAGCCAUAUAAAUGUAAUGAAUGUGGGAAGGCAUUUAGCAAAGGCUCAAAUCUUACUGCCCAUCAGCGAGUACAUAAUGGAGAGAAACCCAGUAGUACAAUAAGUAUGGAAAAGUCUUUAGGCCAUGUGAAUCACUAUGUGUAUGAAAGAUCACAUAAUAGAGAAACUGCAUAAAGGCAGUGUUCAUCAUACUAUACUGUAGCUGUAGAUCUUCCUGGAUUCAAGAUCAGAAAAUCUAUACUGGAGAAAAUUGUUAAGAAUGUAAUGAAUAUGGGAAAGUCUCUAGCAAUGAUAUAAGCCUUAUUGUUUAUCACAAUUCACACUGUAGAGAGACUAUGAAGGCAAUAAGUGUGGGAAAGACUUUAGCCAGCAUUAAUCCCUUAGUUGACAUAAGUAAAUCCACACUGGAGGAAAACCCUUUACAUGUAACAAGUUGGGAAAGACAUUAGGCAAACAUGAAUCUCUUAAGAAACAUUACACACAUACAGGAGAGAAGCAAUAUGAAUAUAGAAAUUGUGGUAAGUCCUUCAAUUAAAAUACAUCAUUCUCUACAUUAGAGAACUCACACUGAAGAGAAAGUUUAUGUAAGCAAUAUAGCAAAGUGUUCACUAAGCUUGCAGGCAUCAGAAGAUUAAUGCUAGAACCACCUGAAGGAUGUAGGAAGUAUGUGUAAGUCUUUCUUUGCAAUGAUGCUAAUUUGUAAGCAGUUCUACAGGAGAGCAAACAAGCAUAAAUCAACAUGCAUACCAUAAAGUAGCAGCAUGCAUUUUACUCCAGGUCUUACAUAAAAAUUAGCUAAUGGGCAUGUGAAGAUAAAUAGUCACUCAGUGAAUCCAAUAAAUGUAAUAAAUGAAAGUUGCAAUAGAAGUAAAAAGUGGUAAGAAUAAAAUUUUUCAUCUCUAAUAAAGUGGUUUUGUAUAUGUUGAACUCCUUUGAGACACUGAUAUUUCUUAAGAGUUUUACACUAUUUUCCUCUUGAUGAAUGAGGAUCAGCUUUGCUGUAUAGCCAUUAGUGGCAGACCAGCAAACCUAGAAAAAAGUGGCCUGACCUCUGUACUAAGAAUGUCACUAGUUUGGUGAGGUUAAUAUACAGUCCAUCUCCUCUUGGCUUAAAUGAUGCAUUUUAAUUUUUACAAGUGCUGUGAGAACCCAACCAAGAAAUUACAUACACUGAGGGAUUAUAGCAGAGUGUAUGUGCUUUUUAGUCCAAAUCCUAAAGAAUGAGUCCUAAUUACAGUGACCCUCCAUAACUGCAUAUUCUGCAUCUGUAGAUUCAACCACUCACAGUUGGAAAUGUGUUUUUUGAAAAGUUUUCAUCUGGAAAGUUCUAAAAAGAAAACUUGGACUUACCAGCUGUAGGCAAUUAUUUACAUAUCAUUUACAUUACAUUUACAACUAUUUACAUUGUACUGGCUUUUGUAGUGGCUCAGGGAAUACAUCAUAUUAGGUGAUGAUUUUAAAGUAUACAGGAGGAUGUGCCUAGGUUACAGCAACUAUGCCAUUUUAUUUAAGGGACCUGGAGCACCUGCAGGUUUUGGUAUCUGUGCAAGUGAGGGAGUAUGUUGGUCCUGGAGCCAGUCCCUCACAGAUAAAGGACAGCUGUAGGUAAGGCACAUGCACACUCAAGAAUCAUUCUAGGCAAAGCAGACCAGCAAGUUCUAUCAUGUUUGAUGUAGCUGAAAUCCAUUAUGUAGUGUCUAGUUCUAGUUUCUCCAGUACUCUUGCCUGGAAAAUCCCAUGGACGGAGGAGUCUGGCGGGCUGCAGUCCAUGGGGUCUCGAAGAGUCGGACACGACUGAGCGACUUCACUUUCACUUUUCACUUUCAUGCAUUGGAGAAGGAAAUGGCAACCCACUCCAGUGUUCUUGCCUGGAGAAUCCCAGGGACGGUGGAGCCUGGUGGGCUGCCAUCUAUGGGGUCACACAGAGUUGGACACGACUGAAGUGACUUAGCAGCAGCAGCAGCAGCAGCAGUUCUAGUUUUGUGGCUUUGAGGUAUUAUUACUGCUGGCAGCAAUACUAAUAAAGUAUCAGUCAUUUCUCCAUCCCUUGAUCAUUGUUAUGGAGGGUUGGAAUUGAAUAGUCCAGAGCCAUUCCCACAAAUUCUGCCGCCUGUUCACCAAUUUUGAUGGCACUAGUAUCCUGUACCAUAGCUUCUUGAAAUAAAUAUUUAAGAGCAUUUUUGUUUUUUACACUGAAGCUUGACAGAUAAAUAUAGAUUCUAAGCGGGGUGCCUUCAAAUAUUCUAAACAGAGUAGCCUUACUGGCUCCACAAUUUCUUAUCUUUUGACUAGAGAGGUUAUACAGAUCAGUGAUUGGGAUUUUACAGACACUGUUGCAAAUAAAAGGCAGUUAAAUGUAGUUUAUGUUUCAGAUUUUAUUCUCUAUGGCAUUUGAUAGUUGCAAGUAACAAAUUUUAAGAAAGGAUAUUAUAUCAUUGAUACAAUUCUGGUGUCAGAUGAAUGAUAGGGUUU